GGGGGGUCCCUGUGUGUUUGUGUGGUUACGGCGUUGCAACUCGCUGUGCCGCACGCACGCACGGCCACGCUGCUAUAUAUACACACACAGGCGUCUGUCGAUGGUGAUCGGGGCGAGACACAGCUGGGGGAAGUUGUCGUCUGCGCUCCAGCUCACUGCACGCCGGAUUGCGCCACGCUUAGCAGUCGGCGGUGCCAGGAGGAGUACGGAGAAAAAUAAAAACAAAGAUGUUGGACUUCAUCGUGACCCUGUGCAAGUCCAGCGUCCUCCUCCUCCUCAACCUCGUGUCGCUCCUGCGCCACUUCGUGGUGGCGGUGGUCACCCCUCCACUCGGCAGCCACCCGCACGCCAAGUGCCCUCCGGACCUUCGAGGUGAUCGUCAGAUCGCCGACUUACCAGACGGAGAGGGCCCUGCCUUGUGGCCUGCAGACGGAGAGGGCCCUGCCGACCCGAGCUCCAUCCCGCUGGGCGCACCCGUGGUGCCCACCAGCGUGAACUACCACUUCACGCGCGCCUGCAACUAUAAGUGCGGCUUCUGCUUUCACACGGCCAAGACGUCCUUCAUGCUGCCGCUGGAGGAGGCCAAGAGGGGGCUCACGAUGUUGCGGGACGCGGGCAUGGUGAAGAUCAACUUCUCCGGCGGGGAGCCCUUCCUGCCGGAGCGCGGCCGCUACCUGGGCGAGAUGGUGACGCACUGCAAGCGCCAGCUGCGCUUGCCCAGCGUCAGCAUCGUCAGCAACGGCAGCCUCAUCACCGAGCGGUGGCUCGCCACCUACGGCGAGCACGUGGACAUCCUGGCGGUGUCGUGCGACAGCUUCGACGAGGACACGAACCGGCAGAUCGGGCGCGGCGCCGGGCGGCGGAACCACGUGGAGACGAUGCGACGCGUGCGCGACUGGUGCUUGGCGUACAAGAUCGCGUUCAAGAUCAACACCGUGGUCAACAGCUACAACGUGCACGAGGACCUCGCCGACUACAUCACGGAACUCAGGCCCGUGCGCUGGAAGGUGUUCCAGUGUCUGCUCAUCGACGGAGAGAACAGCGGCAAGGAAAGCCUGCGCCAGGUGCAGCCCUUCCUCAUCGCCGACCGCGACUUCCAGAGCUUCCUGGAGCGGCACCGCCACGUGAGCUGCCUCGUCCCCGAGUCCAACGAGAAGAUGCGGGACUCGUACCUCAUUCUGGAUGAAUACAUGCGCUUCCUGAACUGCACGGGCGGUGCCAAGGAGCCCACGUGCUCCGUGCUGGACGUGGGCGUGGAGAGCGCCAUCCAGCACAGCGGCUUCGACGAGCGCAUGUUCCUCCAGCGGGGCGGCAAGUACGUGUGGAGCAAGGCCGACAUGCGGCUCGAGUGGUGAGCGCGUCGCCCGCGUGGCCUCGCCGGCCAGCCCGGCCCAGCGCUCUUCGGCGCCGCUGGUAACCGCCGCCGCCGUCUCCUCGCUCCGCCUGCCACGGCGCACGGCCCCGUGGCCAGGUAGCGACGCUUCACCCGCCCCGCGGUGAUGGGCAGCAGCGGCGCCGCCGUCCUCACCGCCGUUAUCGUCGCCGGUCCCGCGACGCGUCCGGCCGGAACGCGCGGGAGGACCCCGCUGUCGCGCGCUCAGAGAGCAACAUUAACCGCGUAGAAAUUCAGGGUCCGUGUGCGGGGUUAAAUGUGCCCAUAACGAAACCGCGAACCGUUAAUUGGGUCGAUUGCAAAUUUGACACUUGCGAGACAGAACCGUGGAUGGUUUGAGAAGGGCUGGCCUUCGAUGUUGAUGCACCGUGCACCCGUGCGGGGGCGCUGUAGUCGGUGGAGCCUUGCGCGGGUCCGUGGCACGUGGACACGCGGAUCCGCUUGUCCACCCGGACGAUCAGUUGUGUGACUUUGUUUGCGGUCAAGUUGGGCGACUUCGAGAGCAAUUUCGUCACCCGUCUCAGUCAUCACUUAUCUUUCAUUUGGCGGUGAGAACUGGAGAUGAGUGACGGUGCGGGUCCGGGAGACAUGUUCAGGAGUUCACUGUCCAGCAGAGGGCAUCCUCCUCCUAAUCGCUCUUUCAUUGAGGCCGUGUGAUCAUUAUCUGGAUGCAUUUAAACUCAACUUUUUUUUUUAACCAGGUAAGGCCCACUGAGCUAUAAUAUAGCUCUUUUUUCAGAAGCGACCUGGCCACAAAUUAUAGUUCAACGAAGUUGGCUUAUCAUAAUGCGC